AUGGUAUCACUUAGCUGGAAGCACCACACGCUAAUUCAGGCUUUGAUUUCGCGAGGUCCUCUCAAGGAGAAAGAAUUUCAUUCAAUCUUCACCGGCGUCACCGGCAGAAACCCAGGAACUGUGAAAAAGAUAUUUGACAAGUAUCUUCUUGAGAUAAACAAGGAACUCUCAUAUGUUCACUUUGAGUUGAGGGCUUGUAGAGAUCAAUAUGAUGGCCAAGUUUGUUAUGGAGUGGUGAACAAUGUGUCUGAUGAGCAAUCCAAACUCGGCACAAAAUAUUCUGUUCCUCAGAUUGCAUUCUUUAAAGGCAUUAUAGAAGCAAUUGCACAGGAUGAAGCUGCUCAAGGUUGCAUAUCAAGCUUUGAUGCCCUCAAUAUCCGAUUGGAGUAUCAGUUACCAAGUGAAGCCAGCAGCAGUCAACAGCAAGUCCCUCCUGCAUUCAAGAACUUUUCAAUGUCGCAAAAGGAGAAAGCUCUGGAUGAACUUGUAAAGGACAAAUGGCUGUGCCGCACAAAAGAAGGCAAUAUUGGACUUGGUAUAAGAUCUCUUCUUGACCUACGCAGUUGGUUCAGGAACAAUGAUGUUCCAUCCUGUGAGAUCUGCAAUGAAGCUGGAGUAAAGGCGGAUUUGUGUCCAAGCGAAGGUUGCGCUGUCCGGAUACACAAGUACUGCCUCAAAAACUUGUUAUCUCAAAGGGAUGGUAAAGUUUGCUCUGGUUGUGGAAAGCCAUGGCCUUUGGGUACCUUUACAAAAGCAGAAGCUGUAGAAGAAACUGUGAAUGAUGAUGAUGAGGAGGAACACGAGACUCAAGCCACAGCUCCAAAAUCCAAGAGAAGAAGACAACUUAGGAGCCACAGAGACUCAAGUGAAAAUCACUCUUCUCAAGCUUCUUUAGCCUCAACUAGUGGUGCCAGUGGGAGAAGAGUAACCCGUAGCGUUGCAAACUUAAGGUAA